AUGACAGUCCCACUGUCGCCGAUGCUCCGGACGGCCGUCUGGGUCGUUGUGGCUCCUCUGGGCCUCUACUUUACCUUUCUCGCCCUUGGCGCAACACCUUUCUUCCAACGACACUUUCUGUACGCCCACAAGAUCAACACCCUCUGGUGGCGCGACGUCAACGAGCCUGAGAGAUGGGGCUUCGCAAAGGGCCAGGUCACGCCUUUCUCCCUCGACACCCCUGACGGUGUCAACCUGUACGCAUGGCAUAUCAUGCCCUUGCCCGAGUACCUGAAGCAGGAAGAGAGGUUCUCGGUGCAGAAAUCUGGCUUCUGCCAUGACUUCACUCAGACCGAGUCCUUCAGGGCCUUGAAAGAGGACCCCGAGGCUCGGGUCGUGUUGUACUGUCAGUCAUACCCCGAGAACGCAGGAGACGUCGCCCAGAACCACCGACCAGGCAGCUACCACGUUAUCACUGACACUUCAUCAUAUCACGUCCUGACUAUCGACUACCGUGGCUUUGGUCACUCGACUGGUACCCCGUCCGAGGAUGGCCUCAUCCAAGAUGCCGCCACCCUCAUCGAUUGGGUCAUUAACACAGCCGGCGUGCCCUCCGACCGCAUCGUUCUCCUAGGUCAGAGUCUUGGCACAGCCGUGGCAAGCGGUGUCGCCGAGCUGUACGCAUCUCAGGGUAUCGAGUUUGGCGGCAUCAUCCUCGUGGCUGGCUUUAGCAAUCUGCCCAAGAUGCUGAGCGGCUACCGCAUCGGUGGCCUAUUUCCCGUCCUGGGGCCUCUGAAGGUUUGGCCCGGCUUCCUGGAGUACAUGGAGACCUUCAUAUACGACAAGUGGCCCUCGGCGGACCGCCUGGAGAGCUUGGUCAAGCUAACCAAGAGGCGGCUUCGCCUGACGUUGAUCUCGGCCAAGGACGACGCCGACAUCCCCUGCACUGAGAGCAGCAAGCUCUUUCGUUCCGCUGCCAACGCGACAGUUCCUGGCGGGCUCGACGACCACUCGUUCGAGGCGUGGAAGGAGGUACGGACGAUACACAAGGGCAAGAAUGCCUUUGUGACGACAUGGAACGCGGAGCCCAAUGUGAUCAUCCGCCAGGAGAUGUUCCCUUACGGUGGUGAGUCCCCCGUAUUGGCAUUUAGCUCAGACUCACCUAACUGA